UUGAACAGAAAUGGUCAUGUUUGUGCAAGUAUUUCAUCAGACCGAAUGCAUCUUUUACUCCUGACUGUUACUUAAUUUUCCACAGCUUUUGAGUUUGGGAAAAAAGAGUUCGGCUAUCCCUGCCGAAUUGUUUAUUGUUGUUACGGUUGUCAGUUGACAUCAGCAGAUCCUGCUGGAUCGUUCGGGCAGUCCGAGAGUAGACCACUCAGCGCGCUAGUAGAAGUAUCACACCAUAAAACUCAGGCGAUACACCAAGAAUUUGAAUCAUUCACAAGUUGUGAACUACUGUGUCGCUGUUCAGGGAGUGUCAGUGUAAUUUGUACAUUGGCUGUCAGUUGAAUCUGUUUUGAACCGUAUUUUCUACUGACAAGUGCAAAACUGGCUGACUACGCCAAGAAGCGUCUCAAAUCGGCCUUAAACUCUGCUUAAGUAUUUAGAAAUGUUGCACCCAGUGGUGAGAUAGUCAGAGAUGCUGUGCUGUCAUGUGAUUAUAGUCACCAGUGGGUGUGAUCAUACACAGUUUAACUGUAGUAGGUGUUAUCCUCGGGUGAAUACCUGCUGUAGCAGUAGUCCACAUUGAUGCUACAUCUGUGCUUGGAUUGUGAAUAGUGACAGCUGUAUAGCUGAUGUUUAUGUAGAUGUUACAUUGGGAAGGGAAGGGGAAUUGUCACCAGAAAAGUCACGUUUGUGUCUGCCCACCGUUUGUUUGUCGUUGUCUGUGUGGAUAGAGCCAUUCAGAGCAGGACAUGUACUGUUACUCCACCCUGAUAGUGAUAGGUAGUAACAGUUAUACUGACUGUCAGCUAGCCGUGAAAGGCUGAGGUACUUGUCAUCAGGCGUCAGUGGAGAUUGUUGAAGGCCUGAGAGCUAUUACAGGAUUCUGGUGUUUGCUCAGUAUUUAGGGACAAACCGUUUAAUUGAUGUGGAGGAUACACCAUGGCUGAGAAAUUAAGUUUAGAUGAUACUUGUGGAGAGGUGUUAGGAUCAAGCAAUUCACCACUUCAUGGGGACCCUGUUUAUUGUCCACCUAUGCCUUGGUUUGGGAUGGACAUUGGAGGCACCUUAACCAAACUCGUCUACUUUGAGCCUCAAGAUAUUUCUGAACAUGAGGAGCAGCAAGAAGUUGAGACCUUAAAAACUAUACGUAAAUAUUUAACUGGAAACGUAGCAUAUGGGAAAACUGGUAUACGUGACGUCCACUUAGAGAUGAAAAAUCAAGUAAUAGGUGGACGCUUGGGCUCCCUGCACUUUAUACGAUUCCCCACUUAUGAAAUGCCAGCUUUUGUUGAAUUGGCCAAGUCCAAGAACUUUUCCAGUCUUUCUGACACAAUAUGUGCCACUGGAGGAGGUGCUUUCAAAUUUGAGGAGGACUUUAAAAGAGAGGUGAAACUUGAACUGCAUAAAAUAGAUGAACUAGACUGCCUGAUAAAGGGUAUCCACUACAUAGAUCGAUACAAUCCUUUUGAGUGUUACUACUGGAAGACGCCUAAUGAGCCCGAGAAGUGUGAGAAGGUGCCGUUUGACUUCCGCAACCCAUACCCUUACCUGGUGGUGAACAUAGGCUCAGGGGUCAGCAUUCUGGCUGUCAACUCACCAGAGGACUACAAAAGAGUUAGUGGAACCAGUUUGGGAGGGGGAACAUUCCUGGGACUUUGCUGUUUACUGACUGGCUGUGAGACAUUUGAAGAGGCUAUAGGGCUGGCCUCGCAAGGUGACAGCACCAGGGUAGACAAACUCGUCAAGGAUAUCUACGGUGGGGACUACGAAAAGUUUGGUCUGAAGGGAGAUGCUGUUGCGAGCAGCUUUGGUUACAUGAACCUGAAAGAGAAGAGAGAGAAUGUUAGCAAGGCAGACCUGGCUAAAGCUACACUCGUUACCAUCACCAAUAACAUCGGUUCCCUGGCCAGGAUGUGUGCCGUCACUCAGGGUAUAGAGAGAGUGGUGUUCGUUGGCAACUUUCUUCGCGUCAACACAAUCUCAAUGAAGCUGUUGGCUUAUGCAAUGGAGUUUUGGUCAAAAGGUGCUAUGAAGGCUCUGUUUCUUGAACAUGAGGGCUAUUUUGGUGCUAUGGGGUGUUUACAAGAGCUUAUGAAGAUGGAACACCAUCACACAGUUGAGGAGAAUGCUGUCAACAGCCCUGCGCAGGAGAGGGAUUUACAACAGGUACCCUCAACUUCAUCCGUGCCAUAAAUCAGACUUUUGUAACAGUGGGGACCACCAACUAAUCAGGGACAAGUUUUUCCAUAUUGGAACCACUGGUUCGAAGAUAUAUUCGAUCAGAGUAAGCAAUUAGCAGAUUGCCUUGCAGGACCUGAAGGCAAACAAGUGUAUUGUUUUCAUGCUGCUACCCUGCAGUCUGCCUGUGAGGCCCACAUGCGGCUAUUUAGGGACUCUUUGAUUGUAGAGCAGAGUUGUUUCCCCUGUGCUUCCUGAUGUUGAUGGAGAGCUACCUCUCAUGUGCUCCUUGAUGUUGACAAAGAGCUUUUCCCUAUAUACCCUCUCCUGUUGACAUAGCCCGCUGAGAAAACUAGCUUGAUAUUAGAGGUGCAGCUUUUGUAUGUGACUACCAUGGUGUUAUGUAACAUGUUGGUAUCAGCAAAGCUUGUGUGUUAAUUGACAAUUGGAUUUUACCAUGUGCUGAAAUGAACACUAAUCUUUUCUGGCCAUAAAAAAAGUGGCUGUUGUUUUUACUGUAGAAGUGAGAACCAUUCAUACUGACAAUGGGACCUAUGUCACACAUGACCUUUAUACCCUGGAAACAUGGCUCUGACUUCUAUUUACUACAUUGUGGAAAUAGAACACCACUGUUUUUUGCAACCCUGUGAGUGGUAAAAUUUGUAAUGGUCACCAUGGCAACAGUACCAGUCACCAUGGCACCAGUUACCAUUAUGACUGAUACUGGAUUCAUAAUUGCAGCUGAUGAAUUAGUGUGUAUACAGUCUUGUUAACAGGGCUCUGCCGCACAUGACAUUGUGAACUAGGGUUUGUGGCAUUCAGUUUUUUUUUUUUUGGACAAAAUACUGAUGUUAUAUAACAAAAAGUUUCUUUUAAUACUGCCAAGAACUAUAGCAUAUCAUGGGGUCCUCUUUGCUGACAUCAUUUCACAAUGACAGCGUUUUCAGAAGGGACCAGGAGGGUUUAAUAUACUAGGCCCCAUCUGUUUAAUACAAUCAUAAUAUGUUACCAUAUUUUGUGACAAUCUUUGACAGAAACAAAACACCUCACAUGACCCACCGGCUGGAGGUGAGUUUAGUCAUAUUUAUUUAGACAACAGAAUGUUACAAAAGACAGUAUUAGAUACUCCUUCUCAGAAACUGAACUUGAGAUCAUGUUGAAGAGAGAUUGACUAGUACUUUUAGUUACCUGUAAAUGUGACCCAUUUUCUGUCACGUGGCUGAGUGAAAAUUAUCGUUUGUUACUGAAUAGUGAAAACAUUGUGAAAUAUGCAAAUUAUUUGCACAUGGUCUUGGCUCAAAAUAAUGUGAAGUGAAGUGUAAAUUUGUACCUGUCAAUAUGUGUAUGUAACCUGUUUCAUGUCCAUGUAGUAACAUGUUCAUCAACAACUGCUGACAUAAACACUGUGGUCAACAUUUCUUAUCCUCCCCAAGUGUAUGUAUUAUUGACUUACCCAUGAGCUACCUAAUGGGAUCAGAAGCGUUUCCAAGUAUAUUAUCCUCUUCUUCUGAAAUGGUCGGUAAGGGAAACUUCACAGAAUGCUGAGCUUUGCAAGGUGUAUUAUUGCCUUCUGUCAAGCAUUUGUCCAGUAUAUUAGUGACUUCUUUUGAAGUUGUUGUUACCAGUAACUUCAUAGAAUCCUAAACGUCGUCAAGUAUAAUAGUGACUUCCCUUGAAUUCGUUACUAUGGGCAACUUCUUACAAGAUAUCCAAGAAUAUAAGUGAAAUUUUGGGUUAACAUUGUUGUAUCCAUAGCAUGUUAGUAUGACAACCGGUUAAAUCAUCACUGUGGUGGGUGUACAGUCAUGUUAGUCACUUCUUCUGGAGUGCCAUCAGCUGAAUAAAUAUUUACCGAAAUGUUUUUUUAUAUUUUUUUGUAAAUUAGUAAGACAUCCAGGAACAGAUAUACGUCGUCAUCAUAGGACUGAAAAAUUGUUAAAUAUGACACAAAUAUGACAUAGUAUACAUACAGACAUACACACACAGAUACAAACUUGUAAUAUGCAUACCGGAUUUUGCUCUUUCAGCAGGAGAAACAUUCUCAAUUUUGCCAUUACAUUUAUCUGUUGUUAGUGUUUGAGAUUCAUAUAUAGUAUGUUAUAUGUGUAUUUAUUGUAAUAUAAUAUCUAGUAUAUAUUAAUAUAUAAGCAGGGAAGAUGACUUUGUGAAGACAAUAGAUGACAUGAUUAGUGUCAUACUGUAAUUCACUUAAUACUGAUCGUUUUUCAGCUGACACUGAUUCUGAUUCUUAUGGAUCCAUUUGCCUCUUAAGAGCUUUUUGGUGAAGUCCAAUUAAUUUCUUGUCAAAAAAAUUUCAGUAUUGGCGUGAAGACUAUUAUUUCAAGGCACUUAUGUUCUUCUGAAAGUGCAUUUUUACACAACAAACUUUAGAUGACAUACAGUAUAUGUACCUACAUGUAUAUAUACCUUUUCUGCUGAAAAAAUCUGAAUAACCCAAGAGAUUCCAGUCCUUUCCUAAACACUUUGUCCUGCUGGAAAUGUGAAAGUGAAUAAGCUGAUGAGUAAUGAAGUAAUACAUACAGCUUGUAGACAAGAUUAGAUCAGCCAAAUUUACAUUUAAUUUAGGGACAUAAUUCUGGGAGAUAAGAAAUAAUAUUUAUUUAUAAAACAAUUCCUUAUGGUGUCAGAACAUUUUUAAGACAAUUAGUGGCAAUACAAAACAUGACAUGUAAAGUGUUUUUUUUAUCCAGACAUCCACACCCACGCCCACGCCCACACCCAAACCCUGUGGCCUGAUGGUUGUGAAUUUAAGUUUCAGAAAAGUCAUGCUUAAUUUUCUUUGAUGGUGGAGAUACAUAGCAUGUAAAGUUUUAAUUUCGGCCUUUUUCAUCAUACUCUAAGAACAUACCAACAUAGAAGACACCGCAUAUUGUAUGGUACAUUUGUCAUGGUACUGGUGAACAGACUUGAGUACGCAUGCAUUAUGGUACAUUUGUAGUGUUACUGAUGUACAAACUUGGGUAUACAUGCAUUAUGGUACAUUUAUAGUGGUACUGGUCUACAAACUUGGGUAUGCAUGCAUUAUGGUACAUUUAUAGUGGUACUGGUCUACAAACUUGAGUAUGCAUGCAUUAUGGUACAUUUAUAGUGGUACUGGUGCACAAACUUGAGUAUGCAUGCAUUAUGGUACAUUUAUAGUGGUACUGGUCUACAAACUUGAGUAUGCAUGCAUUAUGGUACAUUUAUAGUGGUACUGGUGCACAAACUUGAGUAUGCAUGCAUUAUGGUACAUUUAUAGUGAUACUGGUGUACAAACUUGGGUAUGCAUGCAUUAUGGUACAUUUAUAGUGGUACUGGUCUACAAACUUGGGUAUGCAUGCAUUAUGGUACAUUUAUAGUGAUACUGGUGUACAAACUUGGGUAUACAUGCAUUAUGGUACAUUUAUAGUGAUACUGGUGUACAAACUUGGGUAUACAUGCAUUAUGGUACAUUUAUAGUGGUACUGGUGUACAAACUUGAGUAUGCAUGCAUUAUGGUACAUUUAUAGUGAUACUGGUCUACAAACUUGGGUACUCAUGCAUGCAUAAUGCAUAUUGGCAUAUAUGAGGUGCUCUCAUUUUAAUUCAUAUAUCACUGAGGCAUGCAUGUAGUCGU